AUUGUACGCAGUCAACAUUCGUCGAUCACCUUGCGCGCGUCGCGACGACAGAAGAUUUCAUGAUCCCGAGCGUCUCGGCUUCCGGUAAACUGCCGAACUUCCACAGUGUAUGUUUCGACAAAUCGACGAAUCAACGUAAUUUGUGUAAAAUUUCGGAUUGUUUUGCCGACGAACAAAAAAAUCACAAAAUGAUGAGUCUGAAAGAAGCAGUGCAUAUUGCGUGGAACAUUAUCUACGAUUUACUGUUGUUUGUCGGUAUUGUGAUAGUUUACACAACCGAAGCGGUAAUAUUAACAUUUAUUCCUCGCCGAUACCGAUCAAAAUCGAUCAAAGGUGAAGUCGCGCUGGUCACAGGUGGUGCAAGCGGAAUCGGUAGAUUGAUCGCGGUGAAACUUGCCAAACUCGGCGCUAGCGUGGUUGUUUGGGAUAUCAACAAAAAAGGUCUUGCAGAACUUGCGAAAGAGAUAAAAAGCAUUGGUGGAAUAUGUUACACGUACUAUUGCGAUAUUUCUGACAAAGCGGAAGUAUAUCGCACUGCAAAAGCGGUGCAGAUUGAAGUUGGAAAUGUGACACUGUUGGUAAAUAAUGCUGGAUAUGUGUGCGGAAAAACUUUCAUGGAACUGCCUGAUAAUGAAAUUGAUCGAACUUAUAAAAUAAACGUUUUGUCACAUUAUUGGAUCACGAAGUCGUUUUUGAAAGACAUGAUGAAGAACAAUCACGGUCACAUUGUAACGAUAGCGAGCGUCGCCGGACUCUUAGGAACUUAUAAUUGCACUGAUUAUAGCGCGUCAAAAUUUGCUGUUAUUGGAUAUCAUGAAAGUCUGUUUCACGAGCUCAAAGUGCAUGGAUUCGAUGGGAUUUACAUGACUUUGGUUUGUCCAUACUUAAUAAAUACAGGAAUGUUUCACGGAGUUCAACCCAGCAUGUUACCGAUGCUUGAGCCAGAAUUCGUUGCCGAAGAGGUGGUCGCAGGUAUAUUGACGAACGAGGGAUGGAUGAUAUUACCUAGAUUCAUGAACUUCCUAGUGCUACUUAAAUAUGUGUUGCCAAUGAAACUAUCUUGGGCGUUGCUAUAUCACAUCGUAAAAGGACCUCAAUCCAUGAUGACAUUUAAAGGUCGUGCGUCACUAGAGUCAUCGAACGACAAAAAUGAUAGUACAAAUUACAAGGAUGUACGUGCGCGCGUCGAAAACACGCGAAGCUAAAUAUUCGGGAUAUUGCUAAA